AUGAAACAAGCUAAUCGAAUAAUUGUCAAAAAAGAAAAAAGUGACAUAGCAUCGCAUUCAACAUUUGCAUGGACAAAUGAAACAAUUGAUGUACCGCCCGUUCCUCCGAGGUUAUCGCGGUGUAAAAUUAUACAAAAUACUUAUAUGAUUGAAUUGGAUGUUGAUGGCAAUAUAGCAACGGUAAUACCAAUACAGAUAGGUACAAUACCAUGUUUGAAAACUUUAUUUCAACGAAAUUUAAAUGGAAAGGAAAAAAAUGAUGAUGAAAAUAGUCGAUUAAACGGUGAUAUUAAAAUAAAUGAAUCCAUGUCAACGACGCCAAGUAAUAAGGUUACAGUAACAGCUGAAAAUGGUCAAACAUUGGAUGAUACGGGCGAAACGGAUGAAUUAAGCCCAGAUAUGGAAAUGAUGUUAUUGUCCAAGAAACGUGUACGUAUACCAAGCUCUAUUCUGAGUGAACUUUAUCCAAAACUUCCAAAUCCAUAUUACAGACAAUCACUUUUUGGUGAAGUUGAUAUAUCAGAAGAUCAAGAACGCAUACAUUAUGGUGAUACUAAAUUUGCUCCGAAAUAUCCAUUUUAUACUGAUUAA